AUGCUGAGAAAAGGAAAGAGGACCAGCUUCUUCAAGCCAUCGCCCUCCAACUGUGCCGUGAGGCCUGCUACAGGCAGCGAGCCUUUCGCCGACACGUUAAUGGAGGAGCGGAUCGCUAGCCUGGAGCCUUUGAUCAAGAAGUGGGCCGCCGACUCCUCCAGCAACUCCGGAUAUGCUGCCGCCGCUUUUCUCUUCCAUGAAGGGCACCACGAAGCCCCGCUCUACCUGAGCCACGUCAAGGACCUGCACUCCGCAAUGAUGCGCUGCACCGGUGAAGUCUCGAACUCGGGCGUGAUCAUGCGAGCUCAUAAGCUGUUGCAGACCGCAGUGAGGCGGCUCUCCCUAGAAUUCCACCAGAUCCUGUCGUCGCAUCUCCCGUAUCCUGACCACGCCGAAUCGUUGUCAAGCCAGUCUUCACGAUCCUCUACCCUAUCGAGCUUCUCGGACUUUGAAUACGAGUUGGAGGGCAAGUUAUCGACGAAGAAGUUCGCAGCCGAGCCAGUAAUGCAGGAAGAGGAGCGAGUUCCUAAUGCAGCGGUUUUCGAUGUAAAGACCAUCGCAGACUGCAAGAUUGCUUGCGGGUACGGCAAAGAGUGCAUGGAUAUCUACAAAUUCGUGCGAAGAUCAGUCGUCGACGAGGAACUGUAUCAUCUAGGGUUCGAGAGGCCGAUAGACUCUUAG